AUGAACGGACACUGGCGGCCGGACCCGGCUUAUCAACUGCAAAUAUGCCUGGAUCUGGAAGAUUUGGGAAGUUUGUCAUGCACAUUUUGCAUGAGCCAUGAUGUCUGUGAUGCAUGCCCUAGCAUCACAGAUUUUUUGAGGCCUUCUUGAUGCCUAUUGCGCGUAGCAAAUGUUGCCUUCCCUUUGCUGCUCGCACAAUACAGAUUUUUUUGGAUUCCAAACGCAGCAUGACAAGUUACAUUCUUCCAGGCCCAGACACUUUUCCACUUGAUACGGGUGGACGUCCUCUCCAACCCCCGCGGGCUCUGCCUGGUCAGCAGAGCAGUCUGCAGAGCGGAGGUGCGCAGCCGAGUAUAUUAAAUGCAAAAUUUGUGUCUGGGUCCUCUGGAUAUAAAGAAUAAAGAACUUGCGAUGGGUGUCUUGCAUUCCUGGAAAAUCUGUGUUGCAUGAGCAGCAAAAGAGGGGCUUGCUUUGUCAUGCAAAAACGUAAUUUUUGAUGCGUGCUACGGUAUUUUCAGCGCAGGUGUCGCAAAAACUGACUUGCCAUGCCUGGCUGCCAUUGCAAGCGCUUCAAUCUUCAUGCUCAAUUCAGCAUCACCAUCACAAGUUUCCAAAGGACCCAGACAUAUUAGCAGUGCAUAGAGUACGUCAUCAUACCAUCAACCGCAGCAGUUUGGAGAACCAAAUAACACCGGGCGUAUCAACUGUAAAAGUGUCUGGGUCUGGAAGAUUCUGACACUUGUUAUGCACGUUUUGCAUGAGCCAUGAUGUCUGUGAUGCAUACCCUAGCAAUGCAGAUUUUUUGAGGGCUUCCUGGUGCCUCUUCCGCAUGACAAAUACCCUAUCAGCGUAGCAAAAAUUGCAUUCCCUUUGGUGCUCAUGCAAUACAGAUUUUUUUAGAAUGCAAAAAUAGCAUUACAAGUUGCAUCCUUCCAGACCCAGACACUUUUGCAUUUGAUAGGGCGGUAUCCUGUGCAAAAAGUUUAAAGAACUACAGACACACAAACGCUGUGGCCCAUGUCCCACUUGCAGUUUUGCCUGUUCGCACCAGAGUGCACAGAAAUUCAAUCUUCGCGGACGAACAAGAACAGAGAUACUUUGAUGUCAUGCCAACAUCCUACAUAAUGCGACAGCGUGAGGGGUACUUAAAGCCGUUGCAAAGUCUCAACUGACUUUGUUCAUCAGCGCCGUACAGUGCGACGCCAUCGCACUGCAGACGACCUCAUGGCGCAACGCGUUCAACACACUCGUCCUGUCGUGCGAAGCGGUGUGGACCUUUGGUAAGCACUGUGGCCAGCACGACGUUAACGCGACAGACCUUACGUUGCCAGCCUGCUUACUGCUGUUUACGGCCGAAACUAAUUUUUUGCGUGUGUGCUGCAAGGAUGCUUUAAUAGUGCAUAAAACUUUAUACACUGAAAAUAUGUAGUCUGGGUCUGGAAAGAUUCAGACAAUUUGUUCUUGGAACUAGCAUGAGUUUGUCUUGUGAUAGCGGCAUGACAGAUUUUAUCGACGGCCGCCUCAUGCGAAGAACUCUGUCGUGUUCAGCAUCACGAAUACGGACAACCGUGGAGCACCACAGAAAACGAAAAGCCGUCUACUCCUAUUCCUGCAUGGCAGACCCUGUAGUACAUCAGAUUGCGCAUGUACAAAUCCAGACCCAGACUACAUAUUUUUAUUCGAUAGCAGGCGGAUGCCGCGGGUGAAGUAUCGCGCAACCUAUACGGACCCACAAAGGUACAAAUUUUCACCAUAGCGGAAAUAGUUUAGAACAAUUUUGAUACUUGGUAAACCUAAAUGAGAUGCUUUAGUGGGUUUUCAGUGGCGAUCACAAAAAAUCGUGGCGAAACUAUUUGGCGUUCUUGUGCGUUUGUAUGUAGAGACGCGACAGAUAAGGACCGGAGCAGCUGCUAGAGCAGCUCUUUUGAUGCACAUUGUCUCCCGAAAAGCGCAAACACAAAAAAUAUUGCACAUAUUUUGGCAUCACGUGCAAACAAAAGUUUUGAUGGCCGCUGACAAGCAAGACGGCUAUAGUUUUUUUUCUCGUGUGGGAAGGGAGCUUUUGAGGCUUGGUACUGGCGAGGAGGCUUGCGAUCGGGCGACGCUCGAGCUACCUAGGCAUUGCAAAUAUGCGUGUUGGGUCUCUUUCCAAUCUUCUAGAAGUUUGUGAUGCAGCUUUUUCCUGACGGCGGGUGGCGUACGACGGGUCGGUAACGCGACGCGACGGCGGGUGGCGUGCUUUCUGCCCUUCCGGAAAACGGUGUGAAGCCACUGAGCGCAUCAAAUGCAAAUAUGUCUGGUUCAUCUGGCAGAUUUUGGACUUUGUAAUGCUGUUUUUGCAUGACCCAGGAGCUCUUGGCAUGCAAGCAAUAGCACCACAGGUCUUGAGGAGGUUUCCACCCAAUGCUUGUCUCGCAUGAGAAUAUUCAAACUUUGGUUGGCAGAACAAUUUACCUACUUUUAUAUAUUGCUGUUCAUGCAUGACAGGUUAUCAUCUUCUGAUCCAAAACGCGCAUCACAGAUUGCAUCCUUUCUGAGCCAGACACAUUUGCACUCGAUAGACCGACACCAGUAUGUGCGACUGGGAAACCAUACGCGGCGGCAAGCCGCAGGUAACGGGAGGUGUGCCAAUGAGAAGGCAGCGUGAAUUCUUCGGAGCACGGCGCGAAGCAAAGUUCCGACACGAUCUUGGACUCCUAGUGCAGGUGAAACCAAAACGACUCGUGGCUUUGCGUACACCUAGCAACCCUUGGUCCACGCGGGCGGCGAAGACCUGACCGGCCGGGCUGAUCUCUCGCAGUUGCAGGCACCAACGCUUGCGGGUAUUAUCGAAGAAGAAUUCCGAAAGCUUUGCUGUCCAGACCGGAAUAUCCUUGAAAAAAGCAUAUGUAUGUAUCUUUCUUGCACUUGCCACGACAGCAUAACAAAAACAACUUUUCCUGCACGCCUCGUGCGUUCACGUGAAAUCUAGCAUGAAAAGGAGUCAUUGAAUUUGAAAUUGAUUUUGAUACAUGUGUGUUGCACAAAAGCUUUUCUGGCGCAUCACCUGGUCGAAGGAACGAAGAUUUAUUUGGGACGAACGCCCUUCUUUCACGAGGGUUUGUGCAGCCUGUUUCGACGUUCGAACGGUACCGCAGAACCGAUCGGGAAGCCGGAAAACUCUUGUCAGAAAUACAAUUUGCCGGUGGAAGCGCAGAUCUGGUGGAACGCCGUCGACCUCGCGGAGUUUCUUGUGCACCUAGCGACCUGAAAAUACAGAUGUGGAGUUUGCAGUUACUCCGUUGGAAUAGUGGUUCCAUAAACUACUUAGAUAGUAGGCCGUUCCGAAAGAUGCUUCGAUAAGAAGCCAAGUCUAUAAUUGCGACUAGCGCACGAUGACGAUGAGGUCAGGGCCGUAGGCUACUUUUGCCUUUAGGGCUCUCCUACCUCGGUGGCCGCCCACCUACCUCAGCGGCCGCCCUCUCACCUACCCCGGCGGCCGCGCGGCUAGGCGUAAGCUGCCCGCCCGGCGGCUCAGCCGGUAGCCCAACUGCUUAGCCCUUCGGCAAGCGGGCCAGCCGCUAGAAGGCGGCUGAGCCGUCCGUCCUACGGCUUAGCCGUUCGCCAAGCGGCUCAGCCGCUAGGAGGCGGCUAAGCCGUCCGUCCUACGGCUCAGCCGCGAGGAGGCGGCUAAGCCGCACGUCCGGCGGCUGAGCCGGUGGGAGGCGGCUCAGCCGCUCGAGGGCGGCUAAGCCGUCCGUCCUACGGCUCAGCCGCCAGGAGGUGGCUAAGCCGUCCGUCCUACGGCUUAGCCGCUAGAAGGUGGCUGAGCCGUCCAUCCUACGGCUCAGCCGUUCGGCAAGCGGCUCAGCUGCUCGGGGGCGGCUAAGCCGUCCGUCCUACGGCUCAGCGGCUAGGAGGCGGCUAAGCCGUCCGUCCUACGGCUCAGCCGCAAGGAGGCGGCUAAGCCGGUGGGAGGCGGCUCAACCGCCCGUCCUACGGCUCAGCCGUUCUGCAAGCGGCCCAGCCGCUCGGAGGCGGCUAAGCCGCACGUCCGGCGGCUGAGCCGGUGGGAGGCGGCUCAACCGUCCGUCCUACGGCUCAGCCGUCCGGCAAGCGGCUCAGCCGCUCGGGGGCGGCUAAGCCGUCCGUCCUACGGCUCAGCCACUAGAAGGCGGCUGAGCCGGUGGGGGGCGGCUCAACCGUCCGUCCUACGGCUCAGCCGUUCGGCACGCGGCUCAGCCGCUAGAAGGCGGCUAAGCCGUCCGUCCUACGGCUUAGCCGUUAGGAGGCAGCUGAGCCGCACGUCCGGCGGCUGAGCCGGUGGGAGGCGGCUCAACCGCCCGUCCUAUGGCUCAGCCGUUCGGCAAGCGGCUCAGCCGCUAGGAGGCGGCUAAGCCGUCCGUCCUACGGCUCAGCCGUUCGGCAAGUGGCUCAGCCGCGAGGAGGCGGCUAAGCCGGCCGUCCUACGGCUCAGCCGCAAGGAGGCGGCUAAGCCGGCCGGCCCACCCGCUUGGAGGCGGCUAAGCCGUCCGUCGUACGGCUCCGCCGUUCGGCAAGCGGCCCAGCCGCUAGGAUGCGACUGAGCCGUCCUUCCGGCGGCUAAGAAUCGGGGCGCAAAUCAAAAACCAUUCGGCGGCGCCCGGGUCCGUCAACGUCCCUCGACGGGCGGUGGGACCGCCGCCCACCUUGUUCCCGACUCUUUCUUCGUGGAAGUCGCUGCACAUGUGAAAGUGUCUGUUUGUCAUGCAAAAACCACCUCUAAGAUUUCUCCUUCUGGAAAUUGCGUUGCGUUUCUCAUGGUGUUCAUCCUGAUCCGGCCAUCGAAGGAUCGACGUACAACUGUACUCGCACGGACUGCCGUGGGAGACCACUACCACACCACAUCUUGGACGUCGGACUGAAACGGCGCUCGGGCCGAGGUGCGAUUGCGCAGAGAACCUACCGUGGGGGCUGGCCGUAAAUGACAAGGUGGGGCUACGAUAUGCAAUUUCAAUAUGUCUGGGCCGGAGAGAAAAAAGACACUUGCCACACAGUUCUUUAAUCUGAUAGGAGGUCUAACUUCCAAGCGCUCGUAGAGCAUGACAAAUCGUCCGCAAGCUGCUUGUCUACGACUGCUCUGCAGCAGAUAUACUAUCUUUUCGCGAAAAAACCGCACAUGUUUUGCUGGCUAGUUAACACAGAUUUUUGUGUGAUCUCGGAUUAGCAUGACAAGUUCAAGUUCGCAUCUUUCCUUUUGCCUGGUAUAAAAUUCGCAUGACAAGUUUGCGUCUCUCCGGAUUAUGGCAUAUUCGUAAUGCUUAGUGGACCGGAACCCGAACCGCAACCGGUCCAGCAAACGGCGCGUGGCCCACCCGGGACGUGGAGUUUCCCGGCUGGAUCGUGUAUCCAUUAGGAAUAUGUCUGGGUCUGCAUAAAAGCGAUUUGUGAUGCGAGAUCUGCAGGAAAACAAGAUCUGUAAUGCACGAGUGCGGUUGUCAUGUCAUGUCAAACUUUUUUCUCGUGCUGACAGUCACUUUGCCAUGCGUUUCGCAAAUAAAUCUGUAUAUGAGCCAAAGCAAAAACUAUGAUGCUGUUUUGCAGUGCAGGCACCGAUCAGAAGCAAUACAAACGUCCAGACCCAGAAGUAUUUGCAUUCCAUACCGUGCAGCUAUCGUGCGACGGCGCAGUAUCAGUGCGUUCCUCCGCGUGCAGUAGCGGCCUCCUAGAUUCCCCUGCGAAAGGUUCGUGGCCGUCAGCCGGGCAGCGUGUUUGUGCUGGUAUCGCCGAGAUUUCGUAGCCCAUCGCCGAGAUCUGGGGCGUCAGACAAAGUGUCCGAUCUGUCUUCGACUCCGCGCUUGUAUCCGGCGAGUCCGAACUUCGGUGGCAUCUGUGGACUGCGUGGGAAUACCCAAGAGUCCUCGCAUCCGCUAUGGAACGGCUAUCAAGUGCAAACAUGUAGAAGUCUGGGUUUAGAAGUAGAAUGCAGACAUUUGUCAUGCGGUUUUUUUUACGCCGCAGGACCGGCAAAAAAUGCUAAGACGACAAAAACCGCGAAUACAAGUGCUACGGGCCCCAUUUCUGGCCACCAAAGUCGGGCACUUAUAAUGUGGGGAGCAUGCCAAAAAGUUAAAAGCUGUGCGACUUUUCUCUUAAAGAAGAAAAAAACCAAAACGCGCAAAGCCCGCCAAAAACUGAAAGCCAACUGCAUGUCAUUGGCCUGAUUUUGGAGGCCCAUAGGGUUGGCCCUGGCGGAGGCCCCGGGGUUGCCUCGGCGUGCGACGUUUCUUUCAACAAAAAAGCAUUUUCUCACUGGAAACAACAGGGGCGCGGCUUUUCAACAAAAAAAGCCAAAAAAUGGAAACGCAGCCAAAGGCAGCAUGCCAAUCCGCGUGCCAUGGUCCCGAUUUAGGGCGCCCAAGGAGUCGACUCUGGCGAAGGCCCUAGCGGGGCCAACAACAGUGUCCGUGUCCGUCCUGCGGCUGCGCCAUCGCGCCGCGUUUGCAAACAAGCCUCUACAACAACGACCGCGCGGAAACGAUCAGUAGAUACUGCAAUCUGUGAUGCAGUAUCUACCGUUCAUCACCAGGUUUGCAGAUGCUGCAAUCUGUGAUGCAAAAACGCAAUAAUUGCGACUUUGUGAAGUACAAGUAGAAUCGAGAAGGACCAGUUGUUUUGAAAAAUAAAACUUUUAGUUGUAUAAUUUUCCUCCGGCUUCAGUGAUCUACCUAAACUUCAAUUUUGAUUUUACCUUGCAAUAUAAUUCUCUGCAACUUCUACUUCUAGGCAGGAGAUCACCUGUGAUGGUUCUUUUUUCUCGCCCGGAACCACGAGUCCCAGUCCUAUUGUAAGGAAAAUGAUGCUGAUGAACGUGCUGUCAGCAGAUUGUGCCCGUCUUUGGAACGAGUAGGAGAGCAGACUUCAUAGUACCUCUGGGUACGUAUUUAUCUGGAAAGAAAAAAGCAUCUUGCGCGCAGGUGGCGGUGGUGGUGGUGGUGGUGGUUGGGCGAAUAAUCACAACAUUGCAGUAAUAUGCCAGGUUUCGAAUGUGGUGCAUGACCACUGGUGCAAAUUUUUUUGAUGCCGCUGUGGUGCGGUCCUCGGGAAAAGGUAUGCAUGCAUGACAAACUUGUAAGGUCGUGCAAAAUGAUAAUGAAACAGGAAGCGCACCCGAGAGCUACUAUGUUCCCCGUCGAUAUGUCAUUGUCAUGCGUAUGAAAAAAGCUUUUCUUUUAGUUGCAGUUUCUUUUGCAACUUUGCCACAGUGUUGUGUAAACAGAGUACAAAAAAUAUAUUUUUCUUUCCAACAUGAUCCGAACCUUGAGGACGAAUUAAAACCGUUUCCAGGUCUACCAAGCCGCUGAUUUCCUUUCCCAAGGGCCACAGCAACCACUUCCUG